GACAAUGCAACUGCUGGAAGCGCUAAAUGUUCGCUUCCUUCGCUUCGUCACCCGUGGCUUCAUAAUUUCCUGUGGGCCGCUUUGUGUCCAGGGGAUGCGGACACAAGUGCGCUGUGAGCAGCCUUAACUCGGCCGUGUGUAAAAUCAGCGGGGUCUGCAGCAUGACCUGAGCAGUGUCCAAUGGGUACAACUCGUUGGGAAGCAACGGCAGCGAGGGAUGAAAUCCUGUGCUGCUCGGCCUCCCCUACCUGUGCGUUUAAAGCAUUAUAUUCGAAGCCCAUAACCAGUGUUGUUUGCCCGAGACUUUGCCCUCUUUGCCUCGAGUGUCUCGGCUCUGAACGCUGCUUUCAGCUUGCUGCCCUUCCCUGUUCCAGACCCGCACAAAACUCAGGCCACAUCUGGUGCCUGGGUUUGUCACCCAUUGUCCUGGUGCCUGGCUUUGUCCCCCUUUCUCCUGGACACAGCAGCAGAUUUUUAAGAUGUUUCUGCUCCGGCUGACCAAGCGGCUCUUUUGUAGGAAAUCAGCGCGGCGGAACGAGCAGGAUUAGAGGGCAAUGGGUGACAACGAGCAGGACUGGCUGGCUCUGAGGCCCCAGGAACCUUCUCCAUCCCAGUGCUGCGGCAGCGGCUGCAAGCCCUGCAUCUACGAUGCGUACGAGAAGGAGCUCGCACAGUGGGAGAGAGCCAAAGCAAUGCAAGACAAAAGCCUUCUCAUGGGAAAAAAGGAGCAGAGCAAUAAUUCAGAGCUGAAUCCAGAUACAUUCACUGCAUUCAGCGUGAGCUCGGUGGAGCAGCUGACAGAGGACACCUACCAGUACAAAUUUGAAUUACCAGGAAAGAGCAGCCUGCCAUUGAGUUUAGGACAACAUAUCGUGUUAAGAGGAGUGGUGAAUGGUUUGGAGAUCCAGAGAGCCUAUACUCCAAUUAGCCCCAGGAAUGCAGAAGGUUACUUUGAAGUUCUAAUUAAAUGCUAUGAAGCUGGGCUAAUGUCACAAUACAUAAAAACGUGGAAAAGAGGAGACGUGGUCUUUUGGCGUGGGCCGUUUGGAGGGUUCCCAUAUCAGCCUAAUAAGCAUGGAGAACUCCUCAUGCUGGCUUCAGGCACCGGCCUUGCACCAAUGAUUCCUAUCCUCCAGUCCAUAACAGAUGAUGAAGAGGAUGAAACCUUUGUAACUCUUGUUGGCUGCUUCCCUACCUUUGACAGAAUUUAUUUAAAACCUCUUCUGCAGGACUUGGCUCGGUACUGGAAUAUCAGAAUAUUUUAUGUCCUAAGCCAGGAAUCUUCACUGGAAAAACUUCCUCAGAGCUACCAGGAAAACACGUACGCUGGUCGUCUCAAUGAAGACUUGAUGAAGACAAUAGUAAAUUCCUGUCGAAGAAAGCCAUUUGUACUAAUUUGUGGCUCUUCUGCAUUCAAUGAAGAUAUGAGUAGAUACUUGAAAGCUGCAGGAAUUGAAGAAAAUUCCUGUUUUGUCUUUUAGCAGUACAUUCCUGACCUGAGGAACCUUAGGCUGAGCCUUGGAUGUCCUUAUUUCUUUGCGGACAUUGCACAAAAUGGGCCUGCUCAGAAGACUGAGCUCCUUGGAGCAACUAUUGGUUGAUCCUCACUCUGGGGUGUUUUAAGGAACAGGUGCAAUUCCAGAGUGGCUGGUACGUGGUGUGCCACCCAUACCUCAGGGACCAGCAUGGCAAUUUUAAUGGAAAUAUUCAAGUGCAAUUUUAGGAGAGAGAUCUCCUAAGGGGGUGCUAGAAAGCAUCCAUGCACACAGCUCUACUGUAAUAUGAAGAUUGGUGACUUGCUUUGCAAUCUGUGUUAUUCUGCAGUGGUUGUGUGUCCUGUUAGGUGUCCAGAGGAGAGAUAAAAUCCUCAGGGGUCCUUGCCAGGACAAGGGGACAGUGGAGUUGGAAUCAUUUUGGUUCUGUCAUGUGCAGGCUGGUGUCAGGCAAGUCCCUUCAACCUCACUGUGCCUCAGUUGCCCAUUGUACAGUAAUACAGAGAAGGUGGCACUAAUGUCUGAGAACAGCCUUUCCAACUAUAUAUGGAAAAAGUAUCCAUAAGGAUGGAAUGACACAUUCUGUCUAGUGAGAACUGAGGCAGGCUGAGCUGCUGUCCUGGCACAGCCUGUGUCACCUACCCUGUGCUUAGCCCUUGAAAUACUACCUGGGGAGACAAAGAACACAUCCUAAAACUGGGAGAGUGUGGCUGGGUUGUGGCUGCUGUCUGUCAGGGAGGAUGGUUGUUUGCUUCCAUGUCCCCUAAGUGUUGUAUCAUAGCCCUGGCUCAUUAAAUUGAACCUCUUUACAAAUAAGCAGCUGUUUGGUGUUGUCACAGGAUUCUCUCAGGUGCUGAGGAGGCUCCCUAAGCAUACAGGAGCACCACCUGAGGAGGGAAAGCUGCAUGGGGUCUGCUGGGGUGCUUCCCUGUGGGACAGGGAGCAGAGCCUCAGGGAUGGCAGCCUGGCACAGCACCCAGCCUGGGCACCUGGUCCUCGUCCUCUUUUUUUCAGUCCAAAAUGCUGCUGCUUUUCCUCUGAGGUAUCUGCUGUCCAUUCUUUUACCUUCUCAGACUGCUGUGUUUAGCAUCUACACCUGGAAAUACAACUUUCCUGCA